UUCUCCGCUGUACAUGCGCUACACAUUUCCUCAUGUACAGUUCUCCAUGUGAAAUAUUUUCAUUCUAAACACCUCUUUUUAUCAAAAAACAUCGCGAAGUUAUAGGAAAAUCAUCGAUUGUGCAGGCUGCAAUGGCAACCACUGGCGAAAAAGACCCUAAAUUGGUACUUUCAACUGGGGGAGAGGAAGAAGAUGAUGAGGAAAUUGAUGAAACAUUGGCUGAACGACUUAUUGGUUUGACCGAGAUGUUUCCAAAACCAUUGAGGAACUUUUCGUCCUCCGUCUUGGACUUGACACAGCGAGCUAUCAAGACGAGCUAUUCAUAUGGCCGCUCAGGAAUGUGGGUGCUGGCGUCAUCAGCCACCAUCUUAGUCUUACCUCUAAUGUUUGAAAUAGAAAGAUCACAAAUGGAAGAACAACAAUUACAGCAACAGAGACAGAUUUUGUUGGGACCAAAUGCCGCAGUGUCCGGACAAGCCCAGGGUCCAGGAAUGGCUGGUGUUCCAGGAAUGAUGCCUUUACCUCCACCCCCAGGUCAAGCAAGAUAGAGAAAACGAUGCUCAUUAGGAUUUUUGAAUUGACUUUUGUUAAUUGUGUGAAGAUAAGGAACUUUGUAAGAGAAUUUGGGUGUGUGGAAUUCAACAUCAAUUUUAUUAGUCAUGUUACGCAGAGAAGCAAAUUUUCAAUGGAUACGACAAUGGCUUCUGUCUCCUUCACCGGCUUCAGAAUCACAUUAAAAUGAACAGCCCAACAGUCAAUCUAUGUCAGUCAAUUGACCUUUUAUAAGUGCUCAGGCGUGAUAAGACAAUCAUUGUUCAAGUCGAGAUUGAGGUGAUAUCAAUUAUUAUGGAUAAUCAUGAUCGCCUCAUCAUGUCUGUUACUCUUAUGGAAUGAAAAUUGACCUGGUUAUUCUGGUUUUCUGUCUCGUUACUGGAAUAUCAAUACUGAUAUAACAAAGAUAUAUCACUGCAGCUUUAAUCGAGCUCCUGGGAAUUUGGCUUCUAGUUUAUGUUUUCUAGAAAUAUAGGUUAUUUCUAAGGAAGAAUAAAUUGAAAACGUUUUA